AUUGAGAUUAUCGACUUGGCAACAAUUGGCUUUGCAGCCCUGCCACAGUCCCUAGACCCGCACACGACACACACUUAUCAACCCUCCACCCCAGCAUUGAGGAAUAUCAACCGCUCUACCACUUCCCAUCUCUCCAUUCCUUCCCCUCUCCCUCCUCCUUACAUCUUCCACCGGUAUAUCCCCCCACCGCAACCAUGUCCGGUCCCUCCAUCUCCUUCCGCCUCCCCCCCCUCAGCCUCUUCACCUUCCCUCCACCCCCCGAACCACCCGCGCUCCCUGCCCCGUCCGCCAGCGGCACCCUCGCCGCCCCCUUCACCAUUCCCCCGGCCCUCUUCAACUCCGUUCUCGACGUCAGAUGGCCCAUCACCAUCGCUACCCUCUACGCCAUCACUGCCGUGUCUCUCAACGGUGUCAACCGCCGCCGCGGCUUCAAGCCCUGGGCCAUCAGCAAGACCCGUGCCUUCCACGCUUUCGUCAUCCUGCACAAUGUGCUGCUGGCCGUCUACUCCGCCCUGACCUUCGUCGCCAUGCUACGCGCCCUGCGCCAUUCGUGGCCGUCGCAUCGCGAGUACGAGUUCCUGGGGAAGAUGUGGCCGGGGCUACGGACGGAGAACGGGAUUGCAGGCGCGGCGGACGCGUUGUGCAAGAUCCACGGGCCGCGCGGGUUCGGGGAUGCGGUCUACUACAACGUGACGGGCGGGAUCUGGCAGUCGAAGAACGCGGCGGUCCAGUUGGCGCAGGAUGUGGUGGCGCCGGGGGUGGUGUCGCCGGAUUCGCGUGAUGUCGGGCGGCUGUGGAAUGAGGGGUUGGCGUUUUGGGGGUGGUGGUUCUAUCUCAGCAAGUUCUAUGAGGUGGUGGAUACGGCGAUCAUUUUGGCGAAGGGGAAGCGGAGCAGCACGUUGCAGACGUAUCAUCAUGCCGGGGCCAUGUUCUGCAUGUGGGCGGGCAUUAGGUACAUGGGGCCGCCGAUUUGGAUCUUUGCAUUCAUCAACUCCGGCAUCCAUGCGCUUAUGUACACUUACUACACCCUGUCUGCCCUGCGGAUCCCCGUGAAGCAGGUCAUCAAGCGUACCCUGACCACCUUGCAAAUCACGCAGUUCCUGGUCGGAUUCACCUUCGCCGCACUGCAUCUCUUCGUCAAGUAUACGGUCCCGGUCUCCACACCUAUCCAAGUGGCCGUCAAUGCCGCGUCGUCACUCUCGUCCGCUGCCACGGCCGCCCCCAGCUCUGUCUCCUCCGCCUUUUCGGCAGCGGCCUCGGCAGCGACGUCGGGGAUCAAAUGGCUCCCGUUCCUGCACGCCGGGAUCCUCCGCGCGUUCGGCGAAGAAGGCCUCGCCAACAACGCGCUCCGAUCGGGCGAUGUCCUUCCCUCCAUGCCUGAAGUGCCCGCGCAUGAGGCGUCGCAGAAAAUCUUGAACGCGCCGACGAAGCUGAAGGAGCGAUUCCAGACGCAAUACGAGACGGUGUACCAGGAAGUCGACUGCAUCGACACGGCGGGACAGAGUUUUGCGGUGUGGUUGAACCUGAUCUACCUGGCACCGCUGACGGUGCUGUUCGUGCGGUUCUUCAUCCGAAGUUACAGCCGGCGCUAUGCGGCCGCGAAGCAGCUGCACGAGAAGCAGAGUAUCGGGAGUCAUCGAAGGAGGUUAUCAAGGUGAAAGCGCCGAGGAAGGCGUGGUGGAGGCGGCGGAGCGGGUGGCGCGGUCGGCGAGCCCCAGUGCGGUGCGGGAGCAGGGGAGACACGUGAAAAAGGAGGCGAA